AUGACAUGCAGGGUUGCCCAUGCUGGCCAGAUGUCCGAGAGUUUUGAGGUCAAGACAGGAGUUCGACAAGGAUGUUUGCUGUCACCAUUCCUCUUCCUUUUGGUUAUUGACUGGAUAAUGAGGACUACUACAUCAGGCAGGAACAAUGGUAUACAGUGGACACUCCUGACGCAACUCGACGAUCUCGACUUUGCUGAUGACCUGGCUCUCCUUUCGCACAACCACUUUCAGAUGCAGGACAAAACAACUCACCUUGUAACAACAUCAGCAGGAACGGGACUCAAGAUCAAUUUGAAGAAAACAGAAUUGAUGAAGAUCAACACCACUGUCCAAUUAUUAGUCACAGUCGGUGAUGAGCCCAUCAAAGAAAUUGAGUCUUUCAUCUACCUGGGGAGUGUGAUGGACAGACAGGGUGGUACAGAUCGUGACAUCAAAUCAAGAAUCGGCAAGGAAAGAGCUGCAUUUACCAUGCUAAAGAACAUAUGGGCCUCAAAGAACAUCCGCAUAACUAUCCAACUGCGGAUCCUCAACUCUAAUGUUAAGUCCGUCUUACUGUAUGGAGCAGAGACAUGGAGAACGACCAAAAACAACCCUGCAGAAGAUCCAGACAUUUUACAACACCUGUCUCAGGGCAAGAGAAAGAGGGGACGUCCAAGAAACACCUGGAGGCGUGACUCGGAGGCAGAAUUGAAGGCGCAGGACAUGACCUGGCUAGACGCAGCAAAAGCAGCCCAGAAUCGAGUUCGAUGGAGGACUGUUGUUGAUGGCCUACGUUCCUCACGGAACGACAGGCCUAAGAUGAAGAGAGAAGUGGACAAAAAGAUGAGAGAUGAACAAGCAGGAUUCAGACAAGAGCGUUCCUGCGUUGACCAGAUAGCCACCCUUAGAAUCAUCAUCGAACAGACAAUCGAGUGA